AUGCGGCGUCAAACAAAAGAAGCCCCCAAAUCCCUGAGCGCUGCCAUUCUCCAGCGCCCGAAGCCGUCGGGUCCGAAAGACCGCGUCCCGGGGCCAGAGUUCCUGCUCUGUCCCUUCGCCACCCGACUGCCGUGGGAGGGGCGGCGACUGUCCCGCGCCCGGGCUCUGGGCGCUUAUCGCCGCCCCGCCCGCGACGCCGCGCCCUCCGCUCGCCCGCCCCGCGGAGGGAGGGACGGAUGGAGGGACAGAGGGAGGGAGGCGGGGCCGCCGCGGGGUGCGCUCCGCCGGCCGCUCGGCGCGGGAGAAGACAAGUCUCCGUCUGCCGCCGCUUCCACUGCGGAGCCCGCCUGUUGGGCACCCACUCCCAGCUUGCUCUCGGCGCCUUUGCCUGCCCGGGCCCCGGGCCCCCCGAGACGGCCGCCGCGAGGAAAGGCGGGAACUCUCCAGAUGGAUACCUUUACCGUCUCCGUUUCUGUUCCAAUGUCACCAACCACCAACGGCCAACUGGGGACAGCCUGCAAGGCGUGCCCUGGGGGCGCUGUGCUGAGUUUUCACAACAUAUGCUACCGCGUGAAAGUGAAGAGCGGCUUUGUAUGCGCUCGCAAAGUGGUGGAGAAAGAAAUCCUGAAGGAUAUCAAUGGGAUCAUGAAACCCGGCCUCAAUGCCAUCCUGGGACCCACAGGUGGAGGCAAAUCUUCGUUGUUAGACAUCUUGGCGGCAAGGAAAGAUCCACAUGGAUUGUCUGGAGAUGUUUUGAUAAAUGGCGCACGUCGGCCUUCUAAUUUCAAAUGCACUUCAGGUUAUGUGGUGCAGGAUGAUGUCGUGAUGGGAACAUUGACGGUGAGAGAAAACUUACAGUUCUCAGCAGCUCUUCGGCUUCCAACAACUAUGAGGAAUCAUGAAAAAAACGAGCGGAUUAACAUGAUCAUUCAAGAGUUGGGAUUGAGCAAAGUGGCGGAUUCCAAGGUUGGAACACAAUUCAGCCGUGGUGUGUCUGGAGGAGAGAGGAAAAGGACCAGCAUUGGAAUGGAACUUAUUACUGACCCAUCCAUCUUAUUCCUGGAUGAGCCUACAACUGGCUUAGACUCCAGCACAGCAAAUGCUGUCCUUUUGCUCCUGAAGAGGAUGUCUAAACAGGGACGGACAAUCAUCUUCUCCAUUCAUCAGCCCCGAUAUUCCAUCUUUAAGUUGUUUGAUAGCCUCACCUUACUGGCCUCGGGAAGACUGAUGUUCCACGGCCCUGCUCCGGAGGCCUUGGGCUACUUUGCAUCAGCGGGUUACACCUGUGAGCCUUAUAAUAACCCUGCAGACUUCUUCCUGGACGUCAUUAAUGGAGACUCCUCUGCUGUGGUAUUAAACACAGAAAGAGAAAACCCUGAAGCCAGUGGAGCUGAAGAGAAUUCCCCAAAAGAUAAAUCCAUAAUCGAAAAAUUAGCUGACUUUUAUGGCAAGUCCACCUUCUUCAGAGACAUGAAAACACAACUGGACGAACUCUCAGUGGUCCAGAAAAAGAAGAGAAGCUCACACUUGAAGGACGUCGCCUAUGCCACCUCCUUCUGUCAUCAGCUCCGAUGGAUUGCCAAGCGCUCGUUCAAAAACUUGCUAGGCAAUCCCCAAGCCUCUAUAGCACAGAUAAUUGUCACGAUCCUCCUAGGACUGGUUAUAGGGGCUAUUUUCUAUGGAUUGAAAAAUGAUCAAACUGGUAUCCAGAAUAGGGCCGGGGUACUCUUCUUCCUGGUGACCAACCAGUGCUUCAGCAGUGUGUCCGCGGUGGAGCUCUUUGUGGUGGAGAAGAAGCUCUUCAUACAUGAAUAUAUCAGUGGAUAUUACAGGGUGUCGGCUUACUUCUUUGGAAAACUGGUAUCUGAUUUACUGCCCAUGAGGAUGCUACCAAGUGUUAUAUUUACUUCUAUCAUAUAUUUCAUGUUAGGAUUGAAACCCACAGCAGCGGCCUUCUUCAUCAUGAUGUUCACUCUUAUCAUGGUGGCUUAUUCAGCCAGUUCCAUGGGGCUGGCCAUAGCAGCAGGUCAGAGUGUGGUAUCCAUAGCGACCCUGCUUAUGACCAUUUGUUUUGUGUUUAUGAUGAUGUUCUCAGGGCUGUUGGUAAACCUCACAACCGUUGUGCCUUGGCUCUCGUGGCUUCAGUACUUAAGCAUUCCUCGAUAUGGCUUUGCGGCUUUAGAAUAUAAUGAAUUUUUGGGACAACAGUUCUGCCCAGGUUUAAAUGUAACAACAAACAGUACCUGUGACUUCGCAAUAUGUACUGGCGAAGAAUUUUUGGUAAACCAGGGCAUCGAUCUCUCAUCUUGGGGCCUAUGGAAGAAUCACGUGGCGUUGGCUUGCAUGAUAGUUAUUUUCCUCACAAUUUCCUACCUAAAAUUGUUAUUUCUUAAAAAGUUUUCCUAAAUCCUCCUUUAAUUUACUGUAAUUUACGCACACAUGAAAGAAAAGCACCUUGAAUUAUUUU